AUGCUCAUACUCGUGCUCACAUUCUACAAUAACUUGUCAUAUUUAAGCCCUUGUGACAAUGCUCACGGGUUGCUUAACUUGCAGGGCAUACGCUACGUACAUUUAUACACACCUCUCUCAGUCUGGCCACCCACUCAAUCCCCUCUAUCUCUCUGUCUCCUUCUCUUUACAGAGCUGGCUGCUGGGCUGCGCAAUGUUAACGUUCACAUUCCGGCGGCCGUUAAACGCGGCGAUAAUGCGCUCUUAAUCUGCAAUUAUGACAUCGAGAACGACACGCUCUAUGCGGUUAAAUGGUAUAGGGGUCGCAGGGAGUUCUAUCGGUAUACGCCCAAGGAGAAUCCCGCCUGGAAGAUAUUCACCAAAACCAAUGAAAUUGAUGUCGAGACCACACAAUCGAAUGCCAGCCAUGUGCUGUUGCGUAAUGUUCCCACCUCCAUAUCUGGCAAAUUUGCUUGCGAAGUAUCCGCAGAUGCGCCCACAUUCGAUACCUCAAUUGUGACUGCGGAUAUGGAAGUUGUGGAGCUGCCCACUCAGCGGCCCAUUAUAACGGGUAUUCACUCACGUUAUCGUCUAGGCGAUAUUAUCAAUGGCAACUGCUCGUCGGAUUACUCAAAGCCUGCAGCUAAUCUCACGUGGUGGAUCAAUGAUAUACAGGUGCCACCAAAUUAUUUGCGUACAUAUGACAUUCAAAAACAUCUGGCCGAACACCUGGAGUCAGCUGUUCUGGAGCUUAAUUUUGUCGUGACAACGCAUCAUUUUAUCAAAGGUCGCCUUAAGUUGAAGUGUUCGGCCCGCAUUCAUAAUAUCUAUGCACAGGAGAGUGAAAAACUUAUCGAGGAGGAUCGUCCACGUAUCUUGGCCUCAGGCCGCUCGCCGGAUAUGAAUAUGUAUCCCUUCGACCAGCCUGGCGAUGCGGAUGAACAUAAUGACCUUCAGUUGCCCUACAAAAAUGCUGCCUCCAGACGUUGCGCACUCGAUUUGCAACAGCAACCAACUGGGUUCCUGUUAAUGGGUCUAUUGCACUUGGCCUGGACUGCCGUUCAGCUGAGCAGGACGGGCAGGAGAAGCCAAGACCCGAGCAGCUGCAGCAGCUUGCAGUCGCAGCUAAUGACGCUGGGCAAGGAGCUACGGUGAUGCGCUGGCCCGAGGAUCAGCAGCUGCCCGGAGAAAUGGAGACUUCAAAACGCAAGCUAAGGCAACCUAGGCAAAAGCCUAUAUACAUAAAUAGUUAUAUACAUGGAGCUCUCACAAUAUUUAUAGAAAUCAUAUAGUAUACAGUGAAUGCUCCCUUUAAAGAUCAGCUGUUUUUUCGCUUGAUUGUACUUCUAAAGGAUCUGUUGAAGCUUCAGUUUUCAUGCUAUCACCAAAAUUUUUAUAUUCAAGAUUCCUACAAUUUAAUUGUAAGACUUUUUAUUCGCUCAAGGAAUGGGAUUGGGACAGCAUAUAUUUUUAAAACUAGGAAAAAAUUAACUAGAAAUUGGCUAACUAUAAAAAAACCUGGGAAUCUGUAUGCUAGAAGAGUCCUCCCUGCAUGCAGUGCGAACUAUCUAUAUGUUUUUUACAUAAAUUAAAAUCAAUAUUUUUUAACUACAAAAUUUAGCGGAUAUUUGACCUAAAAAGAAUAAAGCAGAAAUAAAUCUCGAAUUACGAUUUUAAUCAAAACCAAACUGGACAA